AUGGAAUCGACGCACGACAUAGGCGAUAAUUUGCUCAUCAAAACCGCAAGGAUUGUCAUCGAGGGCCCUUGCUAUGGUGCCUACCUCAUCCUGAUGUAUUUCUUCCUCAAAAUCUUCAGUCGCCGUCGCCUCCGCUUGAAACGAUCCAUAUUCCUCGCAGCAAUAACCAUCCUCCUCUUCCUAUGCUCAACAUGUUUCUUCGUCACCGACAUUGCAGACCUGAUCAUCCGAAUCCGAAUUCUCUUACUCGACGACUUUGAUCCUUCAUUUGAAAGUCGGAUGGCUAAAGCGGAUGGAGUUACUGAGCCGUUGAUGUGGACGGGAACAGUCAUUUUCAUUUUCGCUUUGAGCAUCGGAGACUCUAUCCUUGUAUGGAGAACGUGGGCGUUGUACCAGGAUCAGUUAAUAUACGCAGCCUUGCCCAUUCUUACACUCCUUGGAUCCUUCACGAGCGCCUUGUUUGAACUCGGCUGCCUCAUCGAAACACACUUUUCCACAGACGAAGUCGCUCCGAACGCUUCUUCAGUGGGUGCCGACCAAUGUAAACAGGCCGAUAAAGCAAGUUAUACUUUGUCCUUUGUCACAAAUAUCGUCUGUACGGGCUUGAUUGUUUGGAAGGCUUGGUGCCACAGAAGAUACAUGAACACAACUCUAGGACGACAGAGAAAACAGACACAGGUCGAUAGGGUGUUAUUACUGUUCUGCGAGAGCGGUGCGAUCUAUCUGGUACUUUAUAUCCUCCAAUCCAUUCCAAUCUACAACACCUCCCUCUCCCCAGGCGCCCUUGUCGCAAUGAACAUCGUCAACGCCGUCAUUCAACAAGCCAUGGGAAUGUAUCCAACCGCCAUUGUCGUCAUCUGCCAAAUGCAAAAAUCCCUCUGGGACUCAUUCGAAGUGCCCAGUUCAUCAGAGGCUACGACCAGUUUAUUUGGGACUGGGUCUUUCGCUCCAACUACGAUUGUUUUGGAUAUGGACCAGAUGGGUGUUGGUAGGGUGAACCGAGGUAAGGGGAGGGGAAGAAUGGAGUUUGCAGCACCACCACAGCUGCCGCCGCUUCAGUCUCAGGGUACGGUCAGUUCUGCUACGGGGGUCUCUGCUGUAUGUUCGUGUUCCUGUGGUGGCUGUAAGAGCGAGGGGCGCGAUCACGAAGGUUCGACUGACAAUUUGGAAGGUCUUGGGGAGCGAAAGGUGCAUCUGCAAAGGAAAGAGAAAAAGAUUGGUGAGGUAGGGUUCUUCGAUGUGGUUUGA